UAGAAGGAAGUGCUCGUCACUGACUUUUUCCCCCGUGAAGGCACAUUUCCUUCCUAGCCUUCGCUUCACUUAUCUGAGGUGGGUUUUUUUAAGAGAAGCAUGGGGAGUUGUUAGAGGGAAAAUGGAUUCUUUAUUUCACGUCCUGGUUUCUACCUGUCUUGCCUUGGCAUUCUCAGAAGGGUUUCUGAUUAUCCAUGUCCAGAAACAGCAGUGUCUUUCAGAAAAGAGAGGAGUCAUUAUGGAAAAGUGCAAUAUGACCAGCCUGAAUCAGAAGUGGCAGUGGAUGGCAGAUGACAGGCUCCUCCAUGUGAAGUCUGCCCAGUGCCUGAGCAUCUCUACACGCCCUGCUCUGUCAUCUCGCAGUGUCAUCAUUGAUUGUCCCCAGGCAGUCAGGUGGAAUUGCCACGAGGAUGGGCUCCUGAAGGUGGCCAACAGCUCCCUUUUCCUCACAAAACAAGGUCAGAAGGUAAUGGCCAAGCGGAGUAAAAAAUACCUUCAUACGUGGAUGCAGCUAAAAGCCAGCGAGACAGGAAAACCUGUUUAUGUAAAUCUGUGCUCAAAGCAAGAUCUCCAAGAUGCAGACACUUCUGUGCGGAGUACUAUAACUACAUCCCCCUCUUCAAAUGCUGUAACUUCUAGGCCUGAAAAUGUGUUGAAAAGUAGCACAGAGAUGUUCAUCAAAAAUGUGACUGAACACUUCAGUAAAAAUUCCGUCGAAAACCUCUACUUAGUCUUGAAAUCUGCAGUAACAGAGAAAGCCUGGAUUCCAACAACCACUCUUCAAUACUCUAGCACUACAGAAGAGGCCGCGCCGGAGCAGGCAGCGGGAUGCAGCGCCAACCUGACGGAGCGGAGCGUCGCCGGGCAGAGCGUUCGGCUGCGCUGGGGCGCCGCGGGCCGCGCCUGCAACUUCAGCCUGAGCGGGCGCUCGGAGGACGGGGAGGCGGCCGGCUGCCAGCCCUUCCCCGCGGGCAACCGCACCUACGGCUGCACCCUGCGGGGGCUGGAGGCCGGGACCUGGUACCACCUGCGCAUCCAGCCCCUCGCCGGCGGCGAGGCUCUCAACAUCUCCCUGCAGACAGAUCCCUUGCCACCAUCUCAUUUGGAAAUUAAUAAGGAAAAAACUACACUCACAAGCUUGCAUGUUCAAUGGAAUCCUUCCUCAGGAAAGGUGGACGUGUAUAACCUAGUAUUACUUGAUCGUGAUAAUAAAAAGAUACAAGAAGUCUCCAUACCAGGAAGAAUUUCAAAAACAGAAAAUACAUUUUCCAGUCUCAUUCCUGGGAAUAAGUACAACAUUGUCCUCAGUGCUGUUGCUGGAAAUAAGACUACACCAGAACUUCACAUAAGUGGAUCCACUGUGCCAUCUCCUGUGAAAAAUGUUCAGGUCAGUGUCAAGACAGACAUUAUCCAUGUUUCGUGGUCUUCUGGCUCUGGACAUGUGGAACGUUACAGGCUGCUGUUGCUGGAUAAUCAUGUACCAGUUCACGAGAUUCACCAGGAAGGUUCCCUGACCUCCUACACCUUUUCAGGACUUACAGCAGGCCAUCUAUAUAACCUCUCUAUCAUAACCCAGGCUGCAGGAUUGGAGAGCAGCAGUUUUCAGACAGUCAGGACAGCUCCACCUGAAGUCUUAGAUUUGAUGGUGACUAACGAUGGCAGCUUAGAUGCUUUAAAAGUUAGGUGGAGAAGACCUUCAGGAAACUUCAAUUUCUAUAAUAUCACUCUGUCUCAUCUUGGAUCAGUUAAAGAAGUCAAAACUUUGCAGCCACCAGUCACAGAGACGCAGUUUGACAAGCUAACUCCAGGACGUCUUUAUGAGAUUACUGCCCGCACCGUCAGUGGUGAACUGUUCACUGAUCGGACGGCAACUGGCAGGACAUUUCCCCAGAAAGUUUCGGAGCUGCAGGCGGGUGCUAGUGGCUGGGUGCGGUCUCUGCGAGUGACCUGGGUGCCCCCUGCGGGAGACUGGGAGAGGUACCACCUGCUCCUGUGGAACCGCUCAGCCCUGGUGCUCAACACCACCCUCGAGAAGGACACCACCGAGUACCUCAUCCGUGAUGCGGGCCUCAUCCCAGGGAGGGAGUACGGCGUGGAAGUCAUUGUGGAGAGCGGCGAUUUGCAGAGCAAGACUAGUUGUGCGGGGAGAACAGCUCCAGAGCCUGUUCUCCAGCUCCGUGUGAAGCAUGCUAAUGAAUCUUCACUUAGUGUCAUGUGGAUGACCCCUGCUGCAGAAUGGGACAGCUAUGUGGUUUCUCUGGAAGUCAGUGAGCUCCCUAUUGUAAAAAAGGGACUUGCAAAAGAAGCUAAGGAAUUUACUUUCACUGACUUGAUACCUGGAAGGAAAUAUACAGCUACUAUCACUACUAUUAGUGGGACUUUAAGCAACUGGACUUCAGUAGAAGGAAGAACAGUGCCAGCCCAAGUGACAGGUCUGACUGUGUCAAGUCAGGGAUCAACCAACAGCUUGUUCACCAACUGGACAAGAGCACUGGGAGAUGUAGACUCAUACCAAGUGCUACUGAUUCAUGAGAAUGUUGUCAUUAAAAAUGAAACUGUUCCCAGUGAAACUAACAGAUAUCACUUCUAUCCCCUGAAACCUGGAGGACUCUAUUCAGUUGUUGUCACCACUGUCAGUGGAGGGAUAUCUUCAAGGCAAACAAUUGCAGAGGAAAGAACAGUUCCUUCCAGUGUAACUGGAGUAACAGUAAAUAACUCAGGUCGGAGUGACUACCUCAGUGUUUCUUGGCUGCCAGCUUCUGGAGAUGUAGACAGUUAUUUGGUAACACUCUCUCAUGAUGACAAGAUUGUUCAGACUCUCACCAUUUCCAAAUCAUUCAGUGAAUGCUCCUUCAGCAGCCUUACUCCUGGGACGCUUUACGAUGUGAUGAUAACCACAAAGAGUGGAAAGUAUGAAAACUAUUCCCUCAGCCAGGAACGAACAGUCCCUUCAAGUGUCCAGGGACUUACUGUCAGCAAUUCAGCCAGAAGUGACUACUUGAAGGUGUCCUGGUUACAUGCAUCUGGAUAUUUUGAUAAUUAUGAAGUGAUCAUCAGUAACAAUAAUGAUUUCAUCCAAACAAAAAGUGUCCCAAAGGAUGAAAAUGAAUGUGUGUUCACCCGUCUGGUCCCUGGGAGGCAGUACAGUGUCACAGUCAGCACAAGGAGUGGGAAAUAUGAAACUAGUGAAAGAGUCUAUGGCAGAACAAUGCCAGAGUCAGUAAAGGAACUGACUCUUAGUAACAGGAGCACAGAAGAUCUGCAGGUAACUUGGUCAAAAGCUGAGGGGGAUGUUGAUAAGUAUGAGAUUCAGCUCCUCUUCAACGAUAUGAAGAUCUUCCCACCCAUUUUCCUUGGGAACACCAUAGAGGAAUAUUGGUUCACAGCUCUGACUCCAGGACGUCUAUACAAAAUUCUUGUUUUGACCAUCAGUGGAGAUGCACAGCGGGCUACUUUCAUAGAAGGCCUGACAAUUCCAAGCAAGGUCCGAAACAUUCAUGUGUCACCUAAUGGCAUGACAAACAGUCUGAAAGUGAGCUGGACCCCUGGAGGUGGAGAUGUUGAUUCCUAUACAGUGACUAUAUUUCAACAAAACCAUCAGCUGGAUUCUCAGAGUGUCUCCAAACACAUCUCUGAGCACAUGUUUCACAAGUUGGAAGCUGGGGAGCAGUACCAGGUGGUGGUGCAAUCUAACAGUGGCACCUUGCACAACAGUUUAGCAGCUUUUGGGAGAACAAUUCCAGCCUCUGUCCAGGAAUUAUUAGCCCAUCAUGCUUACAGCAGUCAUUCCUUGUUAGUAACCUGGCAGAAAGCUCCUGGUGUAGCCGAAAGAUAUGACAUUCUGCUCUUGAAUGAGCAAGGAAUCCUCCUGAGUAACAAAUCAGAGCCAGCUACUGCCAAACAGCACAAAUUUGAAGAUUUACUAGCUGGCAAGAAGUAUAAAAUACAAGUUUUGACAGUCAGUGGUGGACUCUUCAGUAAGCGUGCAGAAACUGUUGGCCGAACGGUUCCAGCAGCUGUUACAAAUCUGAAAGUCACAGAGAACACCACUGACCGACUGUCCUUCAGUUGGACCACCUCUCAAGGGGAGCUUGAUUCGUAUGACAUCUUCCUAUACAAUCCAGACAAGUCCCUUCAUGACAGGAUUUCAGGAGGGCAGCAUCUCCAGCAGUGUUCGUUCCAGAACCUGCGUCAAGGCAGGAUGUAUCGAAUGGUGAUUGUUACACACAGUGGAGACCUCACUAACGAGUCAUCUGUCUAUGGAAGAACAGUACCAGCCCCAGUUGUUGGUCUCAAGGCAUCCAACCGAAACAUGACGGACAGUCUGUGGUUCACUUGGGGUCCAGCAGCAGGAGAUGUUGACUUCUAUGAGCUGAAUCUUUACAACCCAAAUGGGACACAGAAAGAAACUGAGCAAAGGAAAGACCUGGAAGAGUGGCAUUUCCAGGGGCUCAUUCCUGGCAGAAAGUAUACUUUAGUUGUUGUGACUCACAGUGGUGACCUGACCAACACAGCAAAUGCUGAAGGAAGAACAGCACCCAGCCCUCCUAACACUGUGUCAUUUACUGAUGUUGCAAACACUUCUUUAUCAAUCACUUGGCUGGGUCCUCCAGACUGGACAGACUAUGAUGAUUUUGAGGUGCAGUGGCUUCCAAAGGAUCCCCUCACAGUAUUCAAUCCCUACAGCAGCAGCAGAUCUAAAGUACGCAUCAUCUAUGGCCUGCGACCAGGGAGACUCUAUGAGUUCAGUGUCAGAACUGUCAGUGGCGACAGCUGGAAGACAUACAGUCAGUCACAGUCUGCAAGUGUGAGAACAAAGCCAGACAAGAUACAAAGCCUUCACUGUCGGCCCCAGACCUCUACUGCCAUCGCGUGUUCCUGGACUCCUCCCGAUUCUGACUUUGAUGGGUAUAGCGUUGAGUGCAAGAAGAUGGACACCCGUGAAGUGGAAUUUUCUAAAAGGAUAGAAAAAGACAAAUCUCUACUUAAUAUUAUGACCCUUGUUCCCCACAAGCGAUAUCUGGUAUCCAUCAAGGUGCAUUCUGCAGACAUGACAAGUGAAGUGGUUGAAGACAGCACCAUCACAAUGAUUGAUCGUCCUCCUCAGCCACCUCCAGAUGUACGAGUGAACAAAAAAGAGGUGCUGAUUACCAAAUCCUCCAUCAACUUUACUUUUAACUGCAGCUGGUUUAGUGAUACUAAUGGAGCUGUGAAGUAUUUUACCGUGGUUGUGAGGGAGGCUGAUGGUAGUGAAGGACCAAAGCCUGAUGAGCAGCACCCAUUACCUUCCUACCUGGAGUACAAACACAAUGACUCUAUACGCAUCUACCAGACAAAUUAUUUUGCCAGUAGCUGUGCUGAAAACCCUGACAGUGACUAUAAAAGCUUUGACAUUAAGCUUGGAGGAGAAAUGGAAAAUCUGGGAGGAAAGUGUGAUCCAGAUCACCAGAAAUUCUGCGAUGGACCUCUAAAGCCUCGAACUGCGUAUAGAAUCAGCAUACGAGCUUUUACUCAGCUUUUCAGUGAAGACCCAAAGGAACUCCCUAAACCGCUCUUUGCAGACACCUUCUUCUCCUUACCGAUCACUACAGAGGCAGAGCCUCUCUUUGGAGUUAUUGAAGGUGUGAGUGCUGGCUUGUUUCUGAUCGUGAUGUUGGUGGCUGUUACUGCUUUAUUUGUCUGCAGACAAAAAGUUGGCAAUGGCCAUGAGAGACCUACAGCAAGGCUGAACAUUCGCCGAGACAGGCCACUGUCAGUCCAUUUGAACUUGGGGCAGAAAGGGUACCGGAAAACUUCCAGUCCGAUCAAAGUCAGCCACUUUGAAGCACACUUCACCAAACUUCAAGCAGACUCCAACUACCUUCUGUCCAAGGAGUAUGAGGACUUGAAAGAUGUGGGUCGAAACCAGACAUGUGACAUAGCACUUCUGCCAGAGAACAGGGGGAAAAAUCGAUACAAUAAUAUAUUGCCCUAUGAUACAUCAAGAGUGAAGCUUUCCAAUGUGGAUGAUGACCCUUGCUCAGACUACAUUAAUGCAAGCUACAUACCAGGCAAUAAUUUCCGCAGGGAAUACAUAGCAACUCAGGGCCCUUUACCUGGAACCAAAGAUGAGUUCUGGAAGAUGGCAUGGGAGCAAAACGUUCACAAUAUUGUCAUGGUAACCCAGUGUGUUGAGAAGGGCCGGGUAAAGUGUGAUCAGUACUGGCCCCAUGACCAGGAUUCCUUGUACUAUGGAGACCUGAUUGUUGAGAUGCUGUCUGAAUCAGUGCUCCCAGAGUGGACAAUACGAGAGUUUAAAAUCUGCAGUGAAGAGCAGCUUGACUCAACGAGGCUCAUUCGUCACUUCCACUACACUGUAUGGCCAGAUCAUGGUGUGCCAGAGACCACCCAGUCCCUGAUCCAGUUUGUCAGAACUGUAAGAGAUUAUAUCAACAGGACCCCAGAUACAGGACCAAGUAUUGUACACUGCAGUGCUGGUGUUGGCAGGACUGGCACAUUCAUUGCACUGGACCGAAUCCUGCAACAGCUGGAUUCGAAGGACACUGUUGACAUUUAUGCAGCAGUCCAUGAUCUAAGGCUUCACCGCAUUCACAUGGUUCAGACAGAGUGUCAAUAUGUGUAUCUACAUCAAUGUGUGAGAGAUGUGCUAAGAGCCAGAAAACUUCGCAGUGAACAAGAAAAUCCCUUAUUUCCAAUAUAUGAAAAUGUGAAUCCAGAGUAUCACAGAGGUAACUGCAAGUUUAUCAAAUUGUAAAAUGUGUCAAAUGUAGUAGCUCACUGACAGUAUAAUCGAGGGGGAAUUUUUCUGUCUUUAACUAUUGAUAUUUCUUUACUUCCUGGACCUUCAUUUGUUCCCUCUGCUCUUUUCAUUCUUGCAGUUGUGUCUUUAUUUUCUCCAUUAAUAGUUAUUACAACAUCACUUCCUGCUCCCACCUUACCUUUAUGCUCUCACUAUCCAUAAGCAACUGAGAACACUGACAGCACUUACUGGGCUUUUCUGUCAUGCAUGGAGUUCAAUUUCUGUCUGCAUCACCCUCAUCUGCUGUUGACAAUACAGGCAGCCUUGGAAGAUUUCCUAUCUGCUUUGACUGGAAAAUAUAGGUGCCCUAAGCUGUGCUCUUUCUUUAUCCCCAGACUCCCCAUUCUUGUAGGCUCCUUUUCCUAGCCUACAUCCAGUCCCUUGCUGAUGAGAGUGGCAGGAGUAGCAAACCUGGCACCAGCACUUCCCUUCACUUCCUGGGCCCAUGGCCAGAGGACCAGUGUGGAGAAGCUGUAAGCAGUGGUGACCUUGUGCCUUGUAGAGCUGAUUCUUAAGGGAUGUAGAAGUUUUUAGGGUCCAGACAGAAGGAUCUCAGUAAUUCUACAAAUUUGGAUGUUAUGAAUUAGGAUUAUAUAGUAAGAAAUACGAAUAAUUUUCUUGAUCUAGCCUGUAGGAUUUGUCAUAUACAGGUAGAACAGGCUUGGAGGAGACAAAGCAGAUGUGGGAUCUGAAUUUAGCUGUCAUAUCCAUCACUAGCCAGUGCUGCUGCCACACAGCUACCUUUCAGAGCACUGCUGAAUCUGUGUUGGUUUACUUUUUCUAA